AUGAUGAAGCACACCACCACGAUGUCCAGUGCGCUGCUUGCGCUGCUGCUCUUCGUGAUCGUCGUCGUGGCGAAUGCACAGGGCUUGUCGUUGGAUUGCACAGAUCCCAAGUCAGUGCAGCGCGUGAAGCAGGAGAAGCCAAGCACGCUGCAGAAUGUCAAGGACUGCGGGUGCAGCGACAUCCCAGGCUUUGUCAAGGCCGUUGCGGGAAACGUGACAGUGACCACCACGGGCAGUAACGUGUCGGCCUUGUGCUUUGGCAGCAUUACCACCGUCAACGGCUCGGUCGUUGCCCGCGGCAGCUUCAAGCACGGCGCCAUUUCAACUGCCAACUUUGGAAACGUCUCCAUGGUGGGCGGCGACGUGGUGCUGAGCCGCAACCUCAACCUGACAACGCUCGACUUUGGCAGCGUCGCGUCUAUUGGUGGCAAUCUCGACCUCAGCUACAACCGGCUCACCACCAUCAAGUUCGGCAGCCUGACCACGGUUGGAGGCACAUUCGACCUGUGGUACAACGAGUUCCAGAAGCUGCAUUUUGGCGGCCUGAACACCAUCAGUGGCGCUCUCAACCUCAGCUACAACCUCGCACUCACAAACGUUGACUUUGGCAAGCUGACACAUGUUGGAGGUGACCUUGACAUUGUCAAGACCGGUUUGGGGAGCAUCGACCUCACGCCACUGACGUCCAUUGGUGGAUCCCUGAACCUCACUGACAACUCGAUCGGCAGCGUUGACUUUGGAUCGCUCACCAGUGUCACGGGUUCCGUGGAUCUCGCCUGGACCAUCGCGGACACCCUCCACCUACGCAACCUGACCAGCGUUGGCGGCGACCUGAACCUGGGCGGUUGUAUGUUUGACACCGUCAACAUGGCCAAGCUCACGACCGUGGGCGGCAGCCUGAACAUUGGUUGGAACUCACUCGACGCCUUUGACUCCAAGAGCCUCACCCACAUCGGCGGCUUCCUGGACCUCAGCUUCAACGAGCUCGGCAAUGUAACCUUUCCCAAGCUCACACACGUGGGCGGCUACUUGGACCUCAGCGGCAACGACUUUGAUUCCAUCGACUUUGGCUCUGCCCUCGUCCGCAUUGACGGCUACUUGGACUGCAGCACAAACAGCCUCCUCAACACCAUCAACUUUGGAGCCCUCACCACCGUUUCUGGAUACCUUGAUGUCACGGACACGGACCUCACCCAGCUUGACUGCAGGGGCCUCGGCUCGUGUAUCAAGGCCGACUCCAGCGUGUCCACCAUUCAGUGGCGGUAA